AGGGAAUUGCAUAUCCAAUCAUAGAACUGUGUAUUUUUGCUACAGUUAUGUUAAAGCAGUGAGUUGAGCUUUGUGGCGGGUGUCUGCGCUGUGGAUCCUCAUGCCCAGGGAGGUGGCGCUCUCAUGACUGGCAGCGUUCAGCGAGAAAACAGACGCGCAAACUCGUAUUCUCAUUGGCUGCUUUUCAAAGCCUCACUUCCCUAAAUGGCACUUGGACUGAAGGUUUUAUGGCGUUCGGACUUUGAGUGGCACACUGUCGAGACCCUCCUCCCCAAAUCGUGCCCCCUGCCUGCCUGUCAAAACUAUUGUGCCCCAACUCUAUAUUUUAUUAGUGUCCUAAACUGAGUGAGUCGCAGGACGCAUGUGGUACUGCUGUAUGUGGUGAUCGGAUCGUGGUGUUGUAUGGUGACGGUAAAUGUUCAUAUCGGAAGGCAACAAUACAACGUACUUGGUGCUUUAGUUCAGCUGGUGUCAGUGGUGCUUCUGCAGCGGUUCUAAGUGCGCGUCUGUUGUUAGUGUUGCAGCUGCUGGUAUUAUUAUGGACGAACAGAGUCGCAUGAUGCACCCAGUUACCUCUCAAGUUGGAAUGAUGCCCCAAGGGUAUGGGAUGCAACCUGUGGAUCCGAACCACGGGGGCCCCACAACCCCUGAUCAGGAAACCAGAAAGCAAGAUAUUGGGGAGAUCCUUCAACAGAUCAUGAACAUCACGGAUCAGUCAUUGGACGAGGCCCAAGCGAGGAAACACACACUCAACUGCCAUCGCAUGAAGCCAGCCCUCUUCAGCGUGCUGUGUGAAAUCAAGGAAAAAACAGUGCUGAGCCUGCGGAACACACAGGAGGAGGAACCCCCCGACCCUCAGCUCAUGCGCCUAGACAACAUGCUGAUAGCCGAGGGGGUGGCGGGCCCAGAGAAGGGCGGCGGAGCGGGGGCAGCAGCCAGCGCCUCGGCAGCCGCCUCUGGGGGCCCCGGACAGCCAGAUAAUGCCAUCGAGCACUCCGACUACCGUGCCAAGCUGGCGCAAAUCCGCCAGAUUUAUCACCAGGAACUGGAGAAAUAUGAACAGGCGUGUAACGAGUUCACGACGCACGUGAUGAACCUGCUGCGGGAGCAGUCUCGGACGCGCCCCAUCACCCCCAAGGAGAUAGAGCGCAUGGUGCAGAUUAUCCACAAGAAGUUCUCGUCCAUCCAGAUGCAGCUGAAGCAGAGCACGUGUGAGGCCGUCAUGAUCCUGCGCUCGAGGUUCCUGGACGCCAGGAGAAAGCGACGUAAUUUCAGCAAGCAGGCGUCAGAGAUCCUGAAUGAAUACUUCUACUCCCACCUCAGUAACCCCUACCCAUCGGAAGAGGCAAAGGAAGAACUGGCCAGGAAGUGUGGGAUCACUGUAUCACAGGUGUCAAAUUGGUUUGGAAACAAGCGGAUACGAUACAAGAAGAACAUAGGAAAGGCGCAAGAAGAAGCGAAUCUGUAUGCAGCAAAGAAGGCAGCAGGUAGGAACGGUAAACAAGGGGCAUCGCCGUACAGCAUGGGCCCUGCUUCUCAGGGGACACCGACCCCAAUGAUGUCACCUGCGCCCCCAGGUGGACCACAAGACAGUAUGGGGUAUAAUAUGAAUAUGAAUGGGGGUGACUACAAUUCUUCUAUGUCAGGUUCUCAGCCCCCGUACACAGACAGCAGUAUGGGAUAUGACCCCAUGCACCAGGUUCAUCAAUGAACACUCGAGAAUGCUGGGGCCGCGCGCGAGUACUGGUCAAGAAAGUGAGAGAGAGAAAGAGAGAGAGAGAGAGUUCGUUGGGGAUUGGAUUGAUCUCAAUCCAUCAUGCAUCACCACUACCAACACCAACCAACCAAUCAUCACCAUCACCAACCAAUCACCAAAAUAUUAAUCAGUAUAUAAAAGUUUCCCAUCAAACAUAGGAAAGCCUCAAGAUAAGGAACAGUGUUGGCUUGGAAGAACGUAACUGUUCUUAAUGGUUGGCUGCUGCUAGAUCUCUUGGACUCUUUUUUUAAUUUUAUUUGGUUUUGUCAGUUUUGUAAAUUACAACUAUGCAUUUCGAUAUAUUGUUUAUGAACUGCUGUGUGUUGGUUACAGCUGGUGUUUGUGAUAAAGUGUUAGUUCGGUAGGGACUGUGACUUUUUUUAAACCAAGAAGAGGGGUACAGAUUAUCCCGCCUUUUUUAUUAUUAAUAUUAAUAUUAAUAAUAUUAUCAGUAUACGUGAACAGAAUAUUAAUAAUGAAAGAGUAAAAACUUUUAAAUUUAUAAUACUUAUAGCUCGUUUAAAACUAGCCUCCUGUUACAGUUUGUACUUACACUUUCAUGUGUGAGGUACUUCUUUUGCAUGUGUGUGCGUGUGUGUGUGUGUGUGUGUGUGUGUGUGAAAAGGUGAGGUAUACCAGUGUAUUUUUUUUUAUAACAUGAACAAAUAUUGGUGGCCCAAGUGAUUUUUUCCGAAGAUAUAUACACAGGCAGUCUACAGCCUCUUAUUACCAACGCAGAAGUGUAAAAUAAUGAAGUUAAAAAGGCAAAUAACUUUUAUUGUUAUAUGUGAAGCUUUUUUAAAUUGAUUAUAUGCACACAAAGUUUCAAUGACUAUUUUAUACAAGGGAUUAUAGAGAGAAACAUGUCUACAAGAUGACCACAGCUACUCAGCUACACGAUAUACGUAAUUAGUGACAAUCAGAUAAGAUGACAAACAAGUGAGGAAGUGAAAAGGGAAAACGUCAACACAGAAACAAGUCUUCAUUUGUUUUUCUUGUUGCUCAGUUGGGGGAAGUGCAUGAGGUCACCUAAACAUGCAGUGGGUGCCCUGAAAGAAUAUAGGACUACAGUUGUGAAGGCAACUGUAUUUUGAAGACAUUGGCUGUCUGUAAAGGAAACGGAAAGUGUAAUUCUGUCUUUAUAAGAUAGGCCUAAUGAAGCUUAAAGGAUUUGUUGACUUUGUAUGGUAUUGCAAUUUUUUUCUUGGCUUUUUCUACUUCUUUGUUGGUGGUUGUCAUCCUGCUCAAGAAAACAACGACAGACCGACAGGAUUUUGAAUGUUGUCAGGAAGUUUACAUAAUUUUGUCUUUUUCUUUGUUCUGGAACUUAAGGUAACAAAACAUGUGAAAUGUAUUCAGAUAUCAAUCAGUAUAGCUGAAACUAUACUAAUGUACUUUUGUACUGUUAACACAGAUUUCUAAAUAACUUCUUUGUUAAGUCAUUCUUUUAAUUUUUCUUAUAAUUUUGUUUCAUCUUUACUUAAAUUGAACAUUAUGGUAAGACACCCGAAAGCUACAAACAAAUUUAUCACGUGCAGCAAUACAUCAGUAUACGCAUAAACUUAGCAAUUUACAGACAAGUAAUGAAAAAUUUAAGUCUUAUUUUUUAUAAUAUCAUCUCGUGUUAUGAGAAGUGUUUUAAGAUACCAGUGCUUAAAAUGUGCACUGGCCUGAAAUGCGUGCAAACAUAAAUGUCUGUGCCCACUAAGAUGUAAGAGACACCUAAUUACCAACACAGUGAAGAAAUCCUGGGGCAAAAACUUGCGGUUAUUUUGCAGAACUGUAAGAAAAUACUAAAUUAACCUUUCACGUGUGUUAGUUCUUUGGCUCCUACAUCUUCUUGGGCACCUUUACCUUUUUUCUUUCCCCUUAUUUGUGUGCCUGUAAAUGCUUAUUCUCGCACUGUACUCCUUGUAAUGGAAUCCACUGCUGGUCGGAAAUGUGUACACCGUCCACAGUUAUUAAAAUUUUAUCCAAUGACUAAAAUAUUGUGCAAAUGCUAGAAAUCUUGUUCGGUUUUGGAGCAGUAAGCGACAGUAGUAAUACCUCAUUACGUUUAAUUAACUCUGAGGAAUCGCUUGUUAGAGAUUGUGUGAAUAUCAUGAAACCUAAAAUAUAAAUGUUGUUAAUUAAAAUGGUCAUGAAUUUAUGUACACUAUAUUACCAAAAACUUACUUAAUUUAAGAUUUUUUAUUAAUAAGAAUUUUGUUGUUUGACAUAACCAAUAUUUAGUUGUUUGGAACUUUUCAGGCAAUAUCACAGUACUGUUCUGAGCUUUCAGUCAUAGAAAUUUCAUGUGGCUAUUGCAUAAUUUGCAAUAUAUGAUACCAUUUUCUCUCAGUGCACCGAAGCAGUGUAAUCUGAGGACACUAAAAAAGAUUUUAAACUAGGAAAUCAAUUGCCACAGAUCGAAGACGUUCUCAUCAGUCAUUCUAUCUGUAUGGUUUAUUCAAUUUUUGUCUGUGUUCAUCUGUUUUAUUUCGUACUAAUUGGAAGCUUUUUAAGUUGAUUAGUGAAUGUGGAGCACUUAAUGGAAUUAAAAUCGGCAGGGGAAAUCAAGGAGAAAACCCACCCCAGUGCCACUUUGCCCACCGCAGAUCAGAUUUGACUUGGAUCACACUUGGGGCUGCCGAAGUGCUGUAUUGAUCAGCUUUGCAGUAAAUAAAUGUAUAUCGGUUGGAAGCUUAUAUGUGGCAGAAUUAAUUCUAUUACAUAUGUAUCUUCCUAUGAAUACACAUUUCUGCCAAGUUUCGUGAAUAUUUUGUAUUUUGAUGCUCAGAAUCGGUAUGGUUUAAUCCUUCUGUUUGUUCUGAAUACAUCAUAACCACCAUUGUCUCUUAAAGGCACUAGAUACAAAUGCCAUGAUGGCCCCACCUUUCUAAAUGUUCUGAAAAAGUCAUUUAGUUUGACCUGUGACUAUAAAAACUGUUCAUAACUGCCAGAGCUACUGAAUUGUCAAGAGUUUUUUAACAAAUUUUUCUGUACCAGUGUAAAUAUUAUUGAUUCACUUUGCUUACCUCACAGUAAACAAGGACCAGAAUAAACGCUUCUAUUGUUUGUCACGUCCUCUAGUGGAUUCCAGCCCCUCAGUCUCAGAAUAUGAUUCUUUAGGCCUUAUAAAAUAUUUGAAACACUUGUGAAAUGUGGCCCAUUUUAAAAUAAAGAUAUUUCACCCUGCA